AUGGAGAACACUGUCGAACUUGUAAGCCCAGACACAAUCCUCGCCCAAGUCAAUGAACUGCUCGGAGACGGUCGGACGUCGUUGGGCCGAAGAGAUUAUCAGCAUGCUACGAACUUGAUCGCAAAGGCGGCUUCCCUGCUUGUUGGCGACGGAUCUACUAUCCCUCAGGACCCCCGCUCGGGUGGCGUUACCUCUACGCGUUACCAAGAGAUGGACGACUCGCAGCUGUCCCUCUUGCUCUCAUGCUGCAAUGAUGUGUCAUACUGCUUGUGGGAGAGACGUAAUGGAGUCGAGGCCCUGAAAUGGCUAGAAGAGAUGGAGGUCAUAUAUCGGAACGUACAUAUUCGAACAAAGCCUGUUCGCUUUGAUUGGGAUGUUACGACUAUCAACCAUGCGAAUGCGACUCUCUUGCGUAUCAAGGGUCUCCGUCGACAGUCAGAUAUCUUCCUAGCCUUACUCAACACCGGUAUGGCGCUGCAUAGCGUCUUCGUAGCGGACCAAUACCGUCAGCAUGCGCGUUUAAAUUCAUUUGCUACGGGCAAUCUCGUCGGCCCAGGCCAAGUUUCCGCCGUAGCGCAGUGGCGUCAUCCUGACCCGACAUUCACCAAGGACCAUCGUCUGCACUACCCAGAUCUGCAAGUACGCGGCUCGUGGAUGAAACUACCGCUCAAGAAGUCGGCCGCCGUAGGUGGAAGGCAGGGCUUUGCUCACUUCGUAUGGAAGGGCAGGCUCUACAUCCUCGCAGGCAGUCGAACUGCUGCGGGCCCUUGGAUGCACGACUUCUUCUACAUCACGUUGGACAGACCUCAGGCUGGCUGGACCGAACUCCCUCCUUAUCCGCUGUCAGGUGGCGAGCACAUGGCACUGAUCUCUCAGCGCCAGAUGUGCGUCGACGACUCCGUCGGAAAGGCGUACUUCUUCACUUCUCAGAAGCAACUGGACGUCUUCGAUCUCAAUGCGAACACCUGGUCGCGCAUACACACUCGUAUCGACGGCUUAUGGCCUAUCGACCGUCACUACUGCGAGUUUGCUAUGGUACUAGCCCGCCAUCGUCUCUACAUCUUUGGAGGCGAUAGCCCAGACCAGGUCAUAGGCUCGAGUGUCCUCAUGAUGUGCGAUUUGGAGACGAAGCGCUGGACGCACUAUGGUGGCGAUGCCUUCCGUCUCAAGCCGGACGUGAACUGGCCAGGACCGCGCAAGUGGCCCUCGAUGUGGGUCGACAAGGCCGAGGAGCGGAUCUAUCUCAUGUUCGGUGACGGAGAUAGGUAUGGCGCCACGCAACAAGGUCAAAAGGGCGCCGCAGACUUGUCUCACCUGUACGACGACUGCUGGUCUUGGGACAUCAUAGGCGAGAAGUGGCGACGAGAGCGUUUACCCGGUAACCCGCCGUGUCCUCGCAGCGAAGCUGGGUUGACCUAUAACCGCAAGCUCGACAAGGUCAUCACGUUCGGCGGGUACAAUGCCUCGCUUCCGUAUGAGGGCUCUCCCGGGCAGCGCUUCGUCUUCUCCUACUUUGCCGAUACCUUCAUCUACGAUCCCAACCCGGCCAAUGAUUCGUCUCCUGUUUGGAAGCAAGUCAUCACCAGAGGCUUUCCUACGUACCGUGCCCAGUGUGCGGUCUUCUCGGAUCCAGAGUCGGGGAAGGUGUAUAUGUUCGGAGGGUAUACCAAUAGCCAGUUCGUUCCAAACAAGAAGCACCCCAUCUCUCGCAGCUUCGGAGACCUUUGGCAACUCCGCAUCGAUAUCCCUGGUGGCGACUUCGAAGGCGUCGAUGUCGAGGAGGAGGCGCGCACGGCAAAGCAAGGCCCAUGGCAGCGCUGUUACAGCUGCGGAAGCACCGGUCCUUGGAAGAGAUGCGGAGGCUCUUGUGGAGGGUUAGUGUACUUCUGCGACACCGAUUGCCAGAAGGAGGGGUGGAAGGAGCACAAAAGUGUGCAUAAGUGCGGAAGGAAGUGA